AUGGUGUUGGAAAGCGGCUUUUCAGAUAUGUUGAUUAAAGUGGGCUUGUUCUUCCUGGUUCAAGCUUUGGUGUAUCUUAUCCUUUCCAAAUCAUCUUCCAUCUUCUCCAAAUCAACAAAGAGAUCUCACAGCUUCAAACCGGCUCGCUCCGUCAGUGUUCGCCGGUUUCUCGCUGCUCUUUCCGACAUGCCUGCCGGCGGGGAGCUUUCUCCUUCACCAAAAGAACAUCUUCAGUCGCCAACCCAAGAGAAUUCAUCAUCGCCCUCUGCUCAUCAUCGUCAUCAUCAUCAUACAUCUUAGAGAGCUAUAGCUUCAGCUGCCAGCUGAUCCAUAUUUAUAUGUAUUGAUAUAUCAAAAAUUGGUCUCUGUUAGUGGGGUUUGUUGUAAAAAAAGAGCUGCAUAAUUUCUUUGUAAUAUUUGUUUUGUGUGAGAUUCUUUGAUUCUUUAAUAUUAUUUACAUAUGACAACAGCAGAUUGUUCAAAAGAGAUUGGAAAUUAAUUUUGAUAUGAAUUAAAAGGGAUCAAUUAUUGGCCCUGUCCUGUUAUCUAAUUUGUGUUAUCCAAUAAAGAUUAGCAUAUAUAUAUAUAUAUAUAUAUUCUUUUUUUUA